AGAGAAAUUCUAGAACAGCAACAGCAAGAGAGAGAUGACAUAAGUUUUCAUAGUAUGUGUAUGUUCUGUGAUCAAGAAUUCACAGGAAACAGAUCUGUCCUUCUCAAUCAUAUGGCAAGAGAGCAUGCUUUUAACAUUGGGCUGCCAGAUAACAUUGUGAAUUGCUAUGAGUUUUUAGCUGUAUUACAGGAGAAGCUCGACAAUUUGCAGUGUUUAUACUGUGAAAAAAUCUUCAGAGACAAAAACACACUUAAAGAUCACAUGAGAAAGAAGCAGCAUCGCAGAAUCAAUGCCAAAAACAAAGAAUAUGACAAAUUUUAUAUCAUUAAUUACUUGGAAUUUGGGAAGUCCUGGGAGGAAGUGCAGUCAGAGGACGACCGGGAAUUACUAGAUAACCUAGAAGAAGACUGGUCUGACUGGGAAGAGCACCCUGUGUGUGCAGUUUGCCUGUUCUGUGAACAACAAGCAGACACCACAGAAAAAUUGUAUCUUCACAUGCAGAAAUCACAUGGAUUUGACUUUCCUAAAAUAAAGUCAGAGCAUGGUCUGAACUUCUAUCAGCAAGUAAAGCUAGUGAACUUCAUCAGAAGAGAAAUCCAUCAUUGUCGUUGUUACAACUGCCAGGAGAAAUUUCAGUCUAAAGGAGGAUUGAUAAGUCAUAUGGAAGAGACCAAACACAUUACAUUCCUGCCAGCCAGGUCUACAUGGGAUCAACCACAGUAUUAUUUUCCUACCUAUGAAAAUGAUACACUCCUGUGUACGCUGUCAGACAGUGAAGAUCUGAUAACUGAGGAUCAAAGUGAAGAUAUCCCUGUUGUAAGUGAAGAUAUAUCCAACUUAAAAGCUCUCAAACAGAGCAGUGUUUUAAACCAGCUCCUAUAUGAAGAGAAGAAGAGUCAGGAGAAAUUUUGACCUUGAAUUACAGUUGCUGACCUUUGAGUGUUUCUUCUGCAAGACAAAAAAAAAUACAUUCUUUCACUAAUAUUGGAAUACAGUUUAACUCAUUAAUGUUAUCACUGAGCAAAUACUACAUGAAUGGGAAUGCUAAAUAAAAUUUAAGUGU